AUAGGUGGACAAAGUGUCCGUCCGGGCCGGACCCAAUAAUUUAAGUGGGCACAAAUUUUUUUUAAGUAUUAUAUAUAUGUAUAUAAGAAGCCCAUCUCAUUAAGACCUAGGCCCAGCCCACCCCUCACCACUUAGCCCAAUGCCCCAAUCCACCCUCACCCGUAUGUUGACAAAAAAAAAGAAUCCACAGAGAAAGGAUGCAGAAGAGUGCAAGAGCCGAUAGCAGAAGAAAGGACGCCGAAGAAACGACGCUGGCACGCCGCCGAACGCCGACCUCCACCCUUCAGAUCCAGAAGCCUUCAUUUUUCAAGAUCUUAUUGGGCGACUUCGCCACUGUUCUCCGUUUGCCGCUGCUGUUUGUGGAGGUUUACGGGGAGAGGCUUUCGCCGACGGUGUCACUCGCCACCGGCGCAUCGCCGGAGAAAUCAUGGGCGGUGAAGGUCGAGAAGAGCGGCGAUCAUUGGGUGUUGGGAGAUGGUUGGUCGGCUUUUGUGAAGGGGAACCGUUUGGAAGCAGGGGAUUUCGCUAUUUUCUGGCUGAUGGAUAAUUGGUCUACCUUCAAGGUCCGGCUCUAUGACUGCACUUGCUGCGAUAAGCAACUUUCUUCCAGAUUCUUCUCCCCUGGUGGAUUUCCUGGGGAGACGAAAGUUAUGAGGUUUGGUGAUAAUGAAAAACAAGAAUGCGAAGGUGGUGUUGGUAUAUUAGCCGAGAAGGUGGUUGGAAUUUAGUUGCGGUUCGGAGUGGUUGAUUGCUUAGAUGACGCCGGUCGAAGUGCGGUAGUCAAAUUAGGCCACGGUCCCCUGAGUUUUUGGCUUGUAAAGUGUCAAAUUGCCGAUUGGAACAUAAAACUGAUAAAAGAAUGUGGUCAGAAAAGAAGAAGGAUUGGUAAGGUGGAAUAGGAUGAACCCAUCGUCGUCGGAUAAAUUACUGGUGACGAU